UUUGGUUUAAUUUUCUUCCCUCGGCAGAAAGGAAGAUUUGCAAGCCUGGCUACUCCUUGGUGGACAGGGCAAAUAGGGUUACCGGCCCUUGAAGUGGCCAGUAAUUCGCCGGUGUUGAGCAAGCACGAUCUGGAGCUAUCCGCGUGCGAGAACGGUGACAAAAGCGCGAGCCGAGGAGAUGAUGAUGAUGAUGGCGACGAGCCUAAGGAGGGAGCUGUGGAGGUUGGCACCCGCAGGCCGAGGGGACGGCCACCAGGAUCCAAGAACAAGCCAAAACCACCGAUCUUCGUGACUCGCGACAGCCCUAAUUCGAUGAAGAGCCAUGUGAUGGAGGUGGCCAGCGGUGCUGACGUUGCGGAGUGCCUUGCCCAAUUUGCGCGCCGCCGCCAGAGAGGGGUCUGCGUGCUCAGCGGGAGUGGCACAGUUGCAAAUGUAACCUUGAGACAACCGGCAGCUCCUGGCGCAGUGGUGGCCUUACAUGGGAGAUUCGAGAUCCUAUCGCUGAUGGGCACGUUUCUGCCCGGCCCUUCGCCGCCGGGCUCCACCGGGUUAACUGUGUACUUGGCAGGAGGUCAGGGUCAGGUGGUUGGCGGCAGCGUAGUUGGGUCGCUUGUCGCAGCCGGGCCUGUGAUGGUGAUCGGGGCAACGUUCGCAAAUGCCACCUAUGAGCGAUUGCCUCUCGAUGAAGAAGAAGAUGGCAACACUGCUAAUGGUGGUGGGCAAGGCCAGCUUUCUGGAUCAGGAAGCUCACCACCCACGGCCAUAAGCAGCGGAAACAACCAGUCUCAGCAGGGGCUAGCAGCCGAUCCCUCGACGCUGCUGUUAUAUAAUUUGCCUCCGAAUUUCCAUGUUCAUGGUACUCACACCAAUCAAGAUGCUCAUGCUUGGGCUCAUGUUCGUCCACCAUUCUAAAUAAAUCCCACCACAUCGAAUGGCUGUAGUAGAUGUGAAUUGGGUUUUAGGUAUGAUCUCAUCUGAUAGGAGAGAUGUGAAGAGAAGGGAGAGAGAGAGAGUAAACUCAUCGCUGUGUAUAUGAUACUUCUCUCUCUGUUUUGGUUUCUUUGUGUUGCAAUAAAGGUAGGAUUAGUGUCCUCCUAAUUCUGAUUUCAAA